UGAGAUAGAGCCAGCAGGAAAUCGCCAAUAAAGAAGAAUAGCAAACGCGUGCAAAAAACCUUCAUAAUGGACUUUUACUACAUGCUGUACUCGGCACCCUGCCGUUCCAUUCUCAUGACGGCCAAGGCAUUGGGUUUGGAGCUGAACAAAAAGAAGGUUGACCUGGAUGCUGGCGAUCAUCUGAAACCGGAAUUCGUGAAGAUCAAUCCUCAGCACACGAUUCCAACUCUGGUGGAUGGUGACCUUGCGGUGUGGGAGUCGAGGGCCAUACUCGUUUACCUGGCAGAGAAGUACGGGAAGGACGAUUCGCUGUACCCCAAUGAUCCCCAGCAAAAGGCUGUGGUCAAUCAACGCCUAUUCUUCGAUUUGGGUACGCUCUAUCAGAGCUAUGUGUACUACUACUAUCCGCAAUUGUUUGAGGAUGUCCAGAAGCCGGCAGAUCCCGAAAAUUUCAAGAAGAUCGAUGCGGCCUUUGAGCUGUUCAAUACCCUACUGGAGGGACAGCUGUAUGCCGCAUUGAACAAGCUGACCCUCGCUGAUUUUGCUCUCCUGGCCACCGUCUCCACCUUCGAGAUCUCGGAAUAUGACUUCAGAAAGUUCCCGAAUGUGGUCAGAUGGUAUGAGAAUGCGAAGAAGGUUAUUCCCGGAUGGGAGGAGAACUGGGAGGGCUGUUUGUACUACAAGAAAUUGUAUUUGACUGAAAUCUUGAAAAAGUAAUGCAUUUAAAUUGAGCUAUUAAUAAAGAGUACCCACAAAUGUGUGUUCUUACUUUGCGACUACUAA